AUGACCGGUAAGCGCAGUCAGGCACAGCCGACGACGUUUUCGUUAGUAGCGGCCUACGAAUACGAAAAUUAUUCCGUUGUCACCACCGAAGCAGACGGUCGAUAUGGGAAUGAGAUGGAAAGUCGACCCGCAUGCGGAAUGAUGCGAUUUGUCACACAGUGGGUGCUGAAUACAGGUGACAAUCCGACCAUUUACGAGGUCUUCCUGAUGUGGGUACAACAUGUGGAAAUAUAUUUUCCUACAUUUGAAGGCUACGAAGUACCUACCACGGACGUAGUGAUCAGGCAUUAUCGCGACAUAGCAUCCGGAGACUGGGCUAAGCUUUACCUUUCCGAAGUGGUAACGUUCGGUCCUUUUCGCAUGACUGCUUAUCCCGCUGACCUCAUGUCUAAAUUGUUUCGAAAUAUGAAAUAUGUCCUCGAUGACGUGUAUGAGCCUUCGCAAAGAUAA